AAAACAAGGUAACGUUUCUUUGCCCAUGAAUGAAUGUAAAUCAUUUUUUUUUCAAAAAAAAAACAAUGAAAUAAUAAGAAGAAGACAGAAAGUUGAAUAAACCAAGGCACUCUACUAUCUGUUGGACCCAUUAUUGAUCAUAGUAUUUUACAACCACAUUUGAUUUGAUUUUUUUUUUAUAUAUAUAUAACUUUCAUAAUCAAAUCCAACCAAAACCAUAAUAUAUAAUAGCAGUAAAGUAAUUAUUAUUAUUAUUAUUAUUUUUCAUCGUAGAAGGUAUCUUUUAUUGUGGAAUCUAUGGCCAGACGUUACUGUCAAAUUUAAGUACUAUUACUACUUAUUGUAUUAGUAACAGUAAUAUAACAACACUUGAUUUCACUCCUUUCUUCAUCUUCUUCUUAAACUCUCACUCUCUCUUUCUCUUCUUCUGUUCAUUACCCUUUUUGUGUAUUAAUCAAACCUCUACAAAUAUAUAUAUAUAUAAAUGUAUAUGCAGAGAGAAAGGAAGAUGAAGGAGAUGGUGGGUUCAUCAGAAGAGGGUGACACAAAAUACAGAAAGAUUUUUGUAGGAGGGUUGGCUUGGGGAACUCAAAGGGAGUCCAUGAAAGCCUAUUUUGAGCAGUUUGGUCAGAUUGUUGAAGCUGUUGUCAUUGCUGAUAAACAUACUGGAAGAUCCAAAGGCUAUGGCUUUGUGACAUUUAAGGAUCCAAAUUCAGCUAUAAAAGCUUGUCAGGAUCCUUACCCUGUCAUUGAUGGAAGAAGAACUAAUUGUAACCUUGCUGCCUUCGGUUCUCCUCCUCACAAAAAUGCUCCAAACACUCCUCAACGUGGAAUUUCAGGGUUGUGGAAGGUCAGAUCAACAUCAUCACCAUCAUCAUCAUCAUCAAUGACUAUGGCAAGGCCAGCUCUUGAUUCUUUAGGUGUCUCAACAUAUAACUACCAACCUCUACCUGAAUAUGCAUACCCUUAUGGGGCUUAUGGGUACCCCAGUUACCAGCAAGACAUUUAUACAGUGAGUUAUUACAAUGCUGCUUAUGGUAUUGGCGGGCAACUGCAAGACUUUCCAGCUCAAUAUGUAAUAGGGUCUCCUAAUGAACUCUACUUCAGUUGGUAUCAAUAUCCAUUGUUGCCACUCUCAACCACCGACCCCAAAACGACACAACAAACCAAUCAAGAAGCAACAGCAACAGAGGCAAUGACAGUGAAAGGUGCAGCAGUGCAUGGAGCAGCAUCUGGUUCUGAACACACUUCAUUUGCUUAAUAUAUACACAAAGUUCCAAGGAUGACUAAAAGGGUUCAUGGCAGAAGUGGAAACCAACUCAAAACAAACAAUGUAUUUUGUUUGGUGGUCCCAGAACAGUAGUAAUAGUAUAGUAGUAUAUAUAUAUAUAUAUAUAGCAAAGACCAUAAUUUUUCUAUUGUGAUAAAGGAGUUUAGGGAUGACUCUUUUUGGCACUAAUGGGUAUCUAUCUGUCUACUCCAAUAGGGCAAGUCAACCUAAACUUUCUACAGACAACACCAUGUGUAGGACAUUUUCUUU